GGGGCCCCAGCUCGGCACUUCCGGUGGCCGGAGGUAGGGGCACCGACGUGGCGCCGCGCCGCGCGGACCGGCGCAGGGGGACCGAGUCGCCCCGGCUGGGAGCGCGCGGGCGUGCGGAGGCCGAGGUCGCUGCUAUGCCGGCCCGCUGCGUGGCCGCCCAUUGCGGCAACACCACCAAGUCCGGAAAGUCGCUGUUCCGCUUCCCCAAGGACCGGGCUGUGCGGCUGCUGUGGGACCGCUUCGUGCGGGGCCGCCGCGCCGACUGGUACGGGGGCAAUGACCGCUCUGUCAUCUGCUCGGACCACUUCGCUCCGGCCUGUUUUGACGUCUCUUCGGUUAUCCAGAAGAACCUGCGCUUCUCCCAGCGCCUGAGGCUCGUAGCGGGCGCCGUGCCCACCCUGCACCGGGUGUCCGCCCCAGCACCUAAGGGGGAAGAAGAAGGAGAGCACGCGGGCGGCCCCGAAAAGGGAGGAGAGCCCCAGGCAGUCAGGCAGGCAGAGGCCGCCCCGGGGCCGGCCUCCUGUACGCUCCUCCGGGCCAGGAAGACGGCUGCGCCUUCACAGAUUACAUGUGAAAAUGAAGUUAAACAAACACAAGUCCCUGCUAAUAAUCUAUCUUAUGGUGUCACUUCGGUACCUACUCUCUGUGAAGAAGGCCCAGUGCAUAAAAGUACACAAAUGUCUCUGAAAAGAACCCCUCACUGCAGUGUUGGUAUUCAGGCCAAAGUGAAAGUGUUUGGAAAACAACUGUGUAAUGCCACUACUCAGACCAACGGAUUGCGGUCCAGAAGUGCCUCUCUCUUUGACAUUUACUCCAGUGGCUCAGAGCCAGAUGCAGACUGGGAUGUGAAGAGUGAGCAGAGCAAUUUGUCAUACAUAGCUGUGCAGGUGAAAGAAGAGUCUCGUUAAAAAUGCAACAUCAGGGCGCCUGGGUGGCUCAGUUGGUUAAGCGACUGCCUUCGGCUCAGGUCAUGAUCCUGGAGUCCCGGGAUCGAGUCCCGCAUCGGGCUCCCUGCUCAGCAGGGAGUCUGCUUCUCCCUCUGACCCUCUUCCCUCUCGUACUCUCUCUCUCUUAUUCUCUCUCUCUCUCAAAUAAAUAAAUAAAAUCUUUAAAAAAAAAAUGCAACAUCAAAUGACUUGAUGUCCUAUAGGUUUUCAAACCUUCGCUCACAUAAUUACUUCUUUGCUCUCGUAAAUCUUUCACUUUGGGAUAGUUGGGUAUCAGCAAAAUUUGUUCAGCUCUAAGGCAAAAAUAUGUCUGCCCUGCCAAGGUCAUGAAGAUCAUCCUUCCCACAAACCUCCCCACCUCCCACUUUCACCUCUUGUUUCUUUUUUCUUUUUAUCCUUUUGGUGGAAAUGGAGUUAUAAGACGAAACCACAAUAGCAGCAUUUCCAGAUCAAGAUGAAGCACUGAAUAUUUAAGCUUACCAUAGAAACAACACUUAUGUGGGACUUACAGGACAUUCACAAGUUAGAAUGUCACUAUUCUAAAUAUUUUGAAGAUAAUAGUAAGCACAGCCAAGUGUGAUACUAUUGAAUGAUUUGGGAGCCAUGAGACUUAGCCUUGAUUAUUAUUUUUUUAUGUUGUAUAUUUAUUAGUUUGUCCAUUUGUAAUACUAUUGGAUCUGUGGAUCAGUCCCUGUAAGCAUUUCUGGUGAAGUUAUGGCUCUUACAGAAAAUUUUCGAAGGGAAUUGAUUUAAAUAGAGAUAGAGUUUCCUAUACUUGGAUUGCCUUGUUAAUGAAAUCUAUUUGCAUUGGUUCCUAUCACAACAAACCAAUUAGCUUGAUGAAUUUAUAUUGAAAUUAACAUCCAAAAAAAAGUAUUAUAUUUCUAACAUAACCCCAUUUCAAGAAUUAGGUUUUCCUCUGUUGAUACCAUUCUGUUGAAUUCUACAUUUGGGAAAUAAGCAUGUGAAACAUAGCCGCCCCAUCUGCCAUUCACCAGGAAAAUUUCUAUGGCAGUUUUGUACCAUGAAGUAAUUUGUUACAAUUGUUUCUGAGAAACUUAUUAUAACUCUGAUCUUCUAUUGAGAAUAAUAAAAAUAAAUGUCCAUUUUAUACCUCACAUGUCUUGUUAGUUGCUCAUGACUGGAAGAACUUGCAUGCAUUUUAUCCUAGAAGGUUUAAAUAAUAUACCAAAGUGAUUUUCUUCCAAAGCUAAUUUCAUGUGUGACUUAAUUUGAACAGUGUAAUUUUAAUAAAAAGAAUAAUAAAAUAUUAAUAGAA